AUGGAGCUAAAGACAACAGGCAGCGGCCGGCUGGUGCGUGGGCGAGUAGAGGAAGUGCGAGGAGGAGCGAGGAAACGUGAGGAGGCUGCAGGCUCCUCCGUCCGUCAGGUCACGCUACACUCGUUGAACUCUGUCCGCGUGUCGUUGAAGUCUUUUAGAGGAGUCUCUCACGCCCUCAUACAUCACGACGGUCUACUACACCUACCUGCGGCGGUUCAUGAUGACCAUCAGAUGUGGCGAGUUAAUCCCGUUUCAAGAAGUGAACUCGUGAGGAUCUUCAGUUACAAUGUCGAAACAACCUUUUUAUUAGGAGCAGGCGUCAAGUGCGCGCGGUGGGAGAAAGCUAGUGAACCAACAACCUGUCGCUCGCUCGCUCCUCCACACGCUCCACUCAUCGACUUGUUUUUGCCAGCGACCGGCUCCCUGCCUCCACCAUACAUACACGAGAUAAUGAACUGA